AUGUCACUCUGCAUUAACCGUCUCCAAGAGGAGAGGAAACAGUGGCGACGUGACCACCCUUUCGGGUUUAUAGCAAAGCCUCAUCGGACUGCACAAGGUGUUUUGGAUCUAAAGAAAUGGGAAUGCGGCGUUCCGGGAAAGGCAAAAACAAUCUGGGAAGGAGGGCUUUUCAAGCUCGAGGUGACCUUUCCUGACGAGUAUCCCACGAAGCCGCCCAAGUGCAAAUUCACUCCUCCACUCUUCCACCCAAAUGUCUACCCCUCCGGAACGGUCUGCCUUUCAAUCCUGAACGAAGAGGAGGCUUGGAAACCGGCGAUCACCAUCAAGCAGAUUCUCCUCGGCAUCCAGGAUCUGCUGGACGAGCCUAACCCGGAAUCCCCCGCCCAGGCGGAAGCAUACAACCUCUUCAAGAAGGAUCGCGUGCAGUACGAACGGCGAGUCAAACAGGUCGUCAAGGAGAAUCCUGCGCCGUAG